AAAGAUGGGUCGUAUUGGAUGAUGUCAGAACUACGUGUGUAGACGUCACAACGUUAACAGAGCAAGCUGGCUGGAGUGUUGUAAUAGUCGUUGAAAAAGAUAAAGAAAUAGCAGGCUGUAGCCUUCCAACGUGCUAUAAGCUAACAAGACAGGACAUCAUAAACAACAUGGGCCACUUUUUGAUAUCGCGCUUUAUCGAUACCCCCUCCAAACUAUGGGGCUAUUUAUUUGCGAUACAAAAUGGGGCACAGGUUAUUCUUGACACUGAAUGCAACGCUCAAGUGGAAACUAUUUCACAAAGUUUCCACAUCAACAAACACCACCAAUCGGGUCUCUUUCAUAACAGCUCAUCUAUAUUCAAUCCCUUUUAUCACUAUGGCAUUACGGAUGCUUUUCCACUUGAGUCUGUAAUAUACAGGCCUACAAAUAGAGAUGUCAGAAACAUUUCAAAAGAGACAAACUCGGACAUUUUCUAUAUAGCGGACUGGAACUCGGUCCCUAUAAGACAAGGUGUUUUGGUUUCCAAGACGACAUGUUACAAAUAUAAACAGGAAACAGUAAUAACAUCGAAUGCUAUAUCUUCAUCACCUGUUGCCGUUGGAUACCCAAGUUUCGCACCCUACAGCACUGGACCAACGAUUUUCUUUAAGAAAGUUUUUCCGUUGCUAUUUCUUCCUCCAAAUUUAGAUUUACCAAGAAGACAACUUUUCAGAACUCUCUUAAUAAACGCGUUUACAAAAAAUACCCAAAUAAACUCAGCUUUCUACAACGUCGAUACCCAUCUCGAUACCAACAACGAUUGCAUCCUAUUAUCAAGUCAUCAAGUUAAUCUUCAAUCUAAAUCAAGUUUCCCUUGUUUGAAUGUAGAAUUCUGCUCCAUCUCAGAAUAUGGUUGCAAUAUUCAGGAAUUAUUUCAUAAGAUUUCGUCUUGCUUAGUAAAACAAUUUCUUCCACGAGAAAACGUCUCAGCCAUGAAAUUAUUAAUCACUGCGUGGGGCGAAGAUCUACAAAAAUUUGAAAUGAACGAAGAGGUAAACUCCGACAAUGACAACAAAGUUAUGUUCAAAACUGUUUAUAAAAUUCCCCAACAAGUAAAUUUAUUUCGUAAUAUUUCUUACGAUAUCGUGAAAACAAUUUUGAAAGAUGUUAUUUCUCUAUGCGGAGUCCAAAAAACUAAAAGCUGGGAUCCAAUUAAAAAUAUAUUACAUCCGUUAAUAGAUGAUAUACUUUUGAUCGUAGUUUUUAAUUAUAACAAUGUGUACAACUCCUUGGGGUUUAACGAGUAUCUGCAUCGCCAGUACUUUAAAUAUAUCAUUUACUGCGUGCCCUCUGUCAGUAACUUUCAAAACUACACAGAGAAAACUGGUUUCCAUUACGUUUCUUUCAUUGAGGGACUGGCAGACGAUGGACUAGCAGACGACGGACUGGCAGAAGAAGGCUGGUACUUUUUCUACCAGUGUGUCUCUGCCGCUAUGAAGCUAGAUCUGCCAGUGAAAGGUUAUCUACAGAUAGGGGACGAUGUUUUAUUGAAUUCUUGGAACAUAUUGACAAUCCCCAGAAACGAGAUGAUGGUCUUCUCAGAAGAGAAGUACGUCGACUUAUACAAAGAUGAUCCAGACUUCCAAUGGGAUUACUGGGAAACUGGCCAAAAGGAUAUUCAAAACGUAAUAUCCGAACUUCAGAAGUUAUCAUCUGGUGAUGAAGAUUUUUCAAAGGCAUAUCCACUAGUCAAUGUUACCUAUUUCGCUACCAAUUUUUUACAAAAUUUACAAGGAAAUCUUGAGCCUAAUUUUGUGGCCUACGGAGCCACGGAUAUAUUUUACGUUCCAAAAGUUUUGAAGAAUGAAUAUAUUACGGCGUCCGAACUAUUUCGGAAAUAUCAUUGCAUGGUGGAGUUGGCUUUGAGAAACAUUUACUUAGGGUUGAAACGACCUAGAGAACAGAAGUUUUUAUUUGAGGGGCGUGCGCUUUGGGACGCUGACAGAGAGAAGCCGUGGGUGUAUUUUAAUGGAGUAAACGAUACGUUUAUACACCCUUACAAAUGGCUCAGAGACGCAUGGAAGAAGGAGGGUCGAAGGUUUGCAUGCAGAAGAUAUCUACCAUUACACAGUUUAAGAAAACCUUCAUAAUAACUAACAUAGCAGACGCAUGCUGUCAGAGUGAAUAUUUUAUUACAGUUUUAUUACAGUUAGUGGGAAAACGCUAAA